CUUAUAUUCGGCACAUGUUAAGCACAUCAGUAAUUGGUUAUUACUAUCUAUCAGCCUUCUCCGUUUCUUUUUGAGAGAUUGAAGCAGUGGUUUGACGUUAAGUGGAGAUUAGUGAAGUUACAGAGGGACAGAAAAAACCCCUCGUCAAUCUCCGGACAAAAACCAGCCACUGUACCAGAAAUGCACUACGCAUGCGCACUCGGGUGGGGGAUGGGCCGCGGCCUCCAUUCCUAUUGUGCAUGCAGACUCCUGUGAAUCCGCAAUAUACCUGAACCGAGAGUCCCCUUUGCCUCCUCACCACUAGGAGUUGACCUGUAGCAGCCCUGCCUCACCCUCACUUCAGCAUCCAGAGCCCAAGAGCUGAUCAAGGACAGACUCCACCUCAUGAAGCCGGGAGAUGGAGAAGUGGAUCCCGGAGAACCCCCAGACCGUCUGGGGUUCGAUCUGUCUCACCUGAGGACACACCCUGAGGAUGCUGAGGACCCAGAAGAGGCUCCCGGAGGAGCCGAGGCGGAGGCGGGGACCCUGGUGCAGCUCAUCGACGAGCACGGGGCGUACUCGACCGCACGCGUGGUGCCCGACGGUUCGGCGGAGGAGCGCUCCGAGAAGCGGGGGCCAGGCUUGCUCCGCGCCAGCUCUGAGGGUCGGGAGGGGCUGGCGCGGCCGUGGCGGUUCAGCUGCGCCGCCUGCGGGAAGGCCUUCAAGCGCGCGUGGGAGCUGCUGAGCCACGAGGUGGUGCACACGGCCGCGCGGCCCUUCCGCUGUGGCCUGUGCACUGCCGCCUUCAAACGCCACUCGGACUGCAAGAGUCACCGGCUGGUGCAUAGCGACGAGCGGCCGCACUGCUGCGACGCCUGCGGCAAGCGCUUCAAGCGAGCCAGCAACCUACAGGAGCACCGCCGCAUCCACACGGGCGAGCGUCCCUUCUCCUGCCAGUCCUGCCCGAAGCGCUUCAAGACCCCCUACGAGCUGCACCGCCACGAGCCGCUGCACGCCCCCUCGCGGCCCUUCCCCUGCCCGGACUGCGGCAAGGCCUUCGCGGCCGGGCCGGCCCUGCUUCUCCACCGGCGGCAGCACUGCGUGGACAAGCCGCACGCGUGCGGGGUGUGCGGCAAGCGCUUCACCCACAGUCACAGCCUGCGGGUGCACGAGCGCGUGCACACAGGCGAUCGGCCCUUCGUGUGCCCGCUGUGCGCCAAGGCCUUCAAGCAGUCCAACGCGCUGGCCUCUCACCGUCGCGUGCAUUCGAGGGAGCGGCCCUACCGGUGCGCCACGUGCGGCAAGGCUUUCAAGCAAUCGUCCUACCUGGCCAUCCACCAGCGCACGCACACAGGCGAGCGGCCCUAUCCCUGCGAUGCCUGCGGCAAAGCCUUCUCCAGGCCCUGGCUGCUCCUGCAGCAUCGCCGGGUGCAUAGCCCCGUGCGCCCCCACGCCUGUCGCUUCUGCCCCAAGCACUUCAAGGACCUGAACUACCAUGCGGUCCACGAGAGGCUGCACACGGGAGACAUGCCCUACAAGUGUAGUCUCUGUGGCAAGGGCUUCGCGCAUCCCAGCAACUUGCUGCAGCAUCAGAGCAUGCAUCCGGAUGGGUGAGGGUGGGGUGUGGGGCCUCGAGGAGUCCAAUGAGAGCUCCGUGUCCCCAGAGCUGGAAUGGGAGGGAACCGGGUCCAGUGGACGCCCGGUUUCAGACAGCGCCGUCCAAUAGCAUCUCUGCAGAAACACUCUGCAUUAGGCCGUCCAGUGUCUUAGCGACCAGUCACCUGUGGUUCCUUUGAGCGUUUGAAACAUGGUUAGUGCCCCUGUGGACGUGAUUUUUUUUUUUUUUUUUUUGGAGGGGUGUAACUUUUUAGUUUGCAGUCCUUUAAGACUCACAAGAAGUUGCAAACAUUAGCACAGAGCUUUCCCAUGUACCCUUCACCCAGCUCCCCGCCAUGGAUACCAUCUUAGAUAGUCUCCCUGGCACCGUGUGCCCACGUGCGUGCUCAGUCCUGUCCGAUUCUUUGCGACCCCAUGGACUGUAGCCCACCAGGCAGGCUCCUCUGUCCAUAGGGUGUCCCAGGCAAGAAUACUGGAGUGGGUUUCCAUUUCCUUCUCCAGGGGAUCUUCCCGACCCAGAGAUUGAACCCGCGUCUCCUGCACUGGCAGGCGUGUUUUUUGUUUUUUUACCACUGAGCCACCUGGGAAGCCCCAGCAUACUGUCAAUAACCAGGAAAUCAAUUCCCAUAAGAUUCUGUUAACUCAGGUACAGAUCUUAUUCAGAGUUUGUCAAAACAUAAGUGACUAUUUAAGCUCACUGAAUUUGAAUCAAUUUCCCUUUAAACAGCCACUGUUAUCUAGUUGCUGCCAUCCUGCACAGUGCAAGUCUAAGGCUUGAAGGCAAGAGGGGUGCCCGGCAGUGUCUGUGACAUUUGAAGAAUUGCUGCACACGCCCAUGUGAGCCACUUAAUAUUCUUGAGAAGGACUUUGCAGAGGACCUUUAACAAAGCCUUCCCCUCCGCCC